AUGAUGGCAGACAUACUAGAGCUGCGGACAGACGGGAACUCUCUCCUGAAGGCGGUGUGGCUCCGACGCCUGCGGCUCACCAGGCUCCUGCUGGAUGGGGGUGCCUACAUCAAUGAGAGCAACGAGCGAGGAGAGACACCGCUCAUGGUGGCCUGCAUGUCCAAACACAGCGACCCGCAGAGCGUCAGUAAGGCAAAACUGGUUAAGUACCUACUGGAUAACAAGGCUGAUCCCAACAUCCAGGAUAAAGCAGGCCGGACGGCCCUGAUGCACGCCUGCAGCCAGAGGGCGGGACAUGAGGUGGUGUCCCACCUGUUGACCAAUGGGGCAGACCCAAGUCUGGAAGACAGGAGUGGGGCCUCUGCUCUGGUCUAUGCCAUUAACGGAGACGAUAAGGAGACCCUAAAGGGUCUCCUAGACGCAUGUAAAGCCAAGGGCAAAGAGGUCAUCAUUAUCACCACAGACAAGUCACCCUCUGGCACCAAAACCACCAAGCAGUACCUGAAUGCCCCCCCUUCCACAGAGCUAGAGGAUAAGUGCUCCGCUGCAUUCUGCACCACUCCCUCUGACAUUGAACUCAACACCUCCUCAUCACCUAACUCAGCCGAGCAGCACAACACGAUCUUCAGUUUCCAGACAAAGUUGAAAACAUCAUCCAGCACAGCAGCAAAGCUUCCCAAUGGGCCGACUUCUCCCACGCGGCGACCAGCCAACCCCAAGCGUGCUCGUUUACCCCAGCUGAAACGUCUGCAGUCAGAGCCCUGGGGGCUGAUCGCUCCCUCCGUCCUCGCUCCAGCUGCGGCCCACGAGGAGAGUAAAAGAACGUCCUCUGAUGAGGACGUUGUCACAGGCAUCAAUGGACUUUCUCUGUCCAAGAGAUCGACUCUGUCUCGACAAAACAGUGUGAAUGGCAAGGAUGUGUUGUUUCCACAAAUUUCGUCCUCAUUAUCUGUCCCUCCAACUUCCAAAUCGGCAUAUGAGAAGAGUCUGUGUCAGCAGCACCAGCCCCUAGCCCGGCGUAGCACCGUCCCUGCAGAGCAGGACAGUAGCAGUAACACUGGGCCAGCCAGUUUGAGAGACACAGUCUACAGGAGAUGGCUGGGCACUGACCACUAUGACUCAGACUUCCAGCUGUACUCAGACUGUUGCAUGCUGGACUCUCCUAAGGUUCCUCUAGAAAGGAAGAAACUCAACGGAUCUCCGUUAGCCAUUCUGACCAACUCCACUGACAUCAACAACAGCACGUCAUCUCCCAGCACAGCACGACGGUGCGCACCAGGCCUCCUGGAGAGGCGAGGCUCAGGGACUCUGCUGCUGGACUACAUUUCCCAUACCCGGCCUGGCCAUCUACCCCCCCUGAACUUCAACCCCAACCCUCCUAUACCUGACAUUGGAACCAGCAGCAAGCCCUCAUCCCCUCUUGCCUCAGGUUUCAGAUCAAUAGCUCCAGUAGCAGCAAACUCACCAAAUAGAGGCCAGCUCAAGUCAAAGAAGAAACUUGUAAGGAGGCACUCUAUGCAAGUGGAGCAAAUGAAACAACUCUCUGCUUUUGAGGAGCUGUAGUGGGACUCAUUGUUUGUAGACGUAGCAAUGUUCACCACAUAAAAAAAAAUGUAACCUUUCUAAAGAAAAUGUCCUGAUUUUGUAGAUUUUUUUUAUUUCAACCUUUCCUCUUAGAAAAUCAGUGGAACAAGAAUAUAGCUUGCUUAUACAGUUGUAAAUGUUAUUAAUGCUCUUAGAAUAUCAGCACCACCUAUUCAACAUUACAGGUUAGACACUAGCAACAUCUCAAGGUAACAACUGAUGGCUGAGAGAUUCAAAAGCAUUACAUUUCUAGACAAUUAAAAAUCACAAAAACUAUUUGAAUGUAACCGUAUGAAUAACAAUUAUUUGUUGGGCCAUCAAGUCCUUUAGAUGUGCAAUCCUAAGAACACAUACAGUAGGAAAUACAUGUGUAGCCAACAAACCAGAUGGUUGUGUAGAAUUAUGUUAUUCAUUCAAAAUGCAGGUGGGCUAACUAGAAAUACAAAAAAAUGUGUUAUGUUUUGUAUGUUGUAGCUCUAGUAUGAAAGGGAGUUUGACUGUUUUGUAGCAAAUUUGUAUACAGUGCCUUCAAGACAAUUAUCGGAAAAGAAGGUGGAUCAAAAAGUUAUUUAUAAGUCCCAAUGCAACCAAAGGGUGUUUUGUUUUAGUGCCGUUGGUUUCCUGCCCAAUAUGAAAGGCUAAGAAAACGUACAAAUCCUAUGACUUAUAUGCCUUAAGUACAAUUAAAGAGAUUAUGGAAAUCAGCACUUCAUUAUCGUAAAUUCUAAA